AUGGAGGUCGUCAACAUCACAGACUUUGGAAAAAAGAACCAUUCAGCUAUCAGGGAAUUUGUCUUGUUAGGCUUAACAAGUUCUCCUGAAAUACAGACACUUCUAUUCUGGUCAUUCAUAUUUAGCUAUGUUACAGCUCUGGUGGGUAACUUCCUUCUUAUCUUUAUCAUAUGCACUUCUAAGAAACUUCACACUCCAAUGUAUUUCCUCCUUGUCAAUCUGUCCUUGGUGAAUGUUCUCUCCAUCUCAACCACAACACCCAAAUUGCUACAGAUGCUUUUGUCAUGCAAAAGCACCAUCUCAUUUUAUGGUUGUAUCACCCAGGUCUAUUUUUUUAUAUUGUUCCUGGUGACAGAACUUCUGCUGCUGACAAGCAUGGCUUUUGACCGUUAUGUUGCAAUCUGUUACCCAAUGCAGUAUACACUUAUCAUGAGGAAGGAAGUGUGUGCUGCCAUAGCAGUUGGAAUAUGGGUCACAGGACUGAUAAAUUCUGCUGUUCAGUCCGGACUUGUCCUACAGCUAUCCUUCUGUGGAUCAAAUAUUAUCAAUCAUUUCUUCUGUGAUCUGCCUCCACUUUUAAAGCUAUCAUGCUCAGACACCAGCUUGAAUGAAACUAUGGCUUCUGUGGGAGAUGUAAUUUUUGCUGUUUUCAGUUGUGGACUGACCCUAGCAUCAUACGGAUUUAUUAUAAGGGCCAUCUUCAGGAUCCGUUCCACCGAAGGGAAGAAGAAAGCAUUCUCCACAUGUUCCUCCCAUCUCGUUGUCGUUAGUUUUUACUUUUCAUCAGUCAUCUACACAUAUAUCAGGCCCACUUCAGUCUAUUCUCUAAACAGAGACAAAAACAUAUCUCUCCUUUAUACAGUGGUAACCCCAGUUAUUAAUCCAAUCAUAUAUUCACUAAGAAACAAAGAAGUAAAGGAAGCUCUCAAGGCCUAUAUUGGAAGAGGCAGAAUGUUCCCCAGAGAUCAAGAUUAA